AUGCAGUUCACCGCACUCCUCACUGUUGCCUUUGCCCUUAUGGGCUCUAGCAGUGCUCAAAUGUGGAUUCCUUUGAACAUCCCGAUCCCAAGACCAGCUCCAGCUCGAGCCCCCGCCCCUGCUCCGGCAGCCAAUUGCCCACCCUGUCCAGCGGCGCCAGCCUGCCCACCACCACCGCCAUGCCCUGUCUCAGCAGCCAAUGUUGCAAAAGGCCAAGCAGCCUGCAGCAAAGUCUUCCCAGGCUCCGAGCCAGUGUUCAAAGUUGAUGGAAGCCCCAAGGGAUGUGCGCCACCCGGUGGAUUCUGCACGAAGCAGCUCCAGUGCUAG